AUGGGCAAACUAGCAGGGGAGGGACUGCUUGUCAUCGAGUGGACGCUCAUCGGCAUCGCCUUCUGCCUCAUCCUCGCGCGGCUCUACCUUCGAAUAUUUCACCUCAAGUCGGGAUUCGUCCUCAGCGACGCCUUCAUCGCCGUGGCCUUCGCGGCCGGCGUCUCGUUGAACGCGGUCGACGUCACGCUGUACCAGAGGGGCAUCUACGCUUCGUCCGUCGACUUCAGGAUGACCACAUGGGUGGCGUCAGAGGAGGAUUCAGUUCGCGUCUACAGGGCGCUCUAUUUCUUGUAUUUCCCGUUCUACAUUGAACAGUACUGCAACAAGGGGACGCUCCUUGCCCUAUACUAUGAGAUUUUUGGCAAUGGCUCUGCCAAGAUCAGGAUCUCGCUGGCCUGCAUCGUGUUGUACUGUAUCGCCGGCUUCAUCACGACCAUCUGCAUAAUAUUGUUCCUCUGCAGGUGGGGUUGCUACUGGUCUUACAGUCAGAGCUGCCCCCUUCGGUGUUGGGAAGUGAGCGACAAUCUUGGAUGGGCUUUCCACUUCACCUCGGACAUCCUUAUAUUUAUCCUUCCGCUCGUCUGCAUCAGCAGGCUGAAUAUGUCGAAGGCGCAAAAGAUCAGUGCCGGCGUUACUUUCUGCAUCGGCUUGAUCAACAUCUUCAUCACCAUUGCACGAUGGUUCGUGGUCCAAGCUGUAUUCACGCCGGUGCCCGCUCUCAACACAGGCGAAGCUAUGGCGGUCUCAGAUGGGCACAUUGGCCUCAUAGUCAGCAUCUUGCCCUCCCUCCGCCCAUACCUGCGUAUUUGGCAGAAACAGGCGGGGUCGCGGGGUUGGAAAAUUGGCAGCCCAUUCGAGGGCCGCUCCAAAGACGUAACUUUAUCUACGUCUCAAGUCAUGUCCACCGCCGGGACUUCCAGCAGUAAGGCCGAAUACAAGGACCGUGCUUAA